AUGCUAGAACGAGAGGAAAGUAGGAAAAUGGUACGAAUUGCUUCUCCACAUUACUUGAAACCGUCCAUGAGCAUGGCAUAUUGGAAAGUACAACUGCGUCGUGGUUCGACUCUACCGAUGCGAAUACCUGCCCCUCUACAGUUCAAUCACUGUUUUGAUGGUAAACUAGCACUGGCAAGAAUUCGAGAAUUAGGACGUGAAUUCGACUCCUAA